GGUAGGUAUCAGCAACACAGAGGCUCCUGCAUUCUUCUGGCUCACACCUGAAGGACACCUGCACUCCAUCUGAAGUAAAACCUGCAGAUCACCAUGGCCUCUAGCAUGUCUGUGAGAAGCUUCUCCAUGAGCCGCCCCUCGUUCUCCAGUCGUUCACUGAUGGACACUGGCCGGGCUCGGUCCAGGGCGUCGGUCUCCUUCGCUGCAGCCAGCCCGCUGACCCGUUCGGCCUCCAUCAGCCAGGAUCUCAACGGGCCAGUGAGUUUCCAGCUGAACGGGCUGCAUGGUAACAGCACCAACGACAAGGAGGCCAUGCAGAGUCUCAACAGCCGCCUGGCCAACUACCUGGAUAAGGUGCGCUCAUUGGAGCGCUCCAACGCCGACCUGGAGAUGAAGAUUAAGCAGCUGAUGAUCGAGCGCAUUCCCAAAGGUCACGAUCUUGAUUCGAUGAUGGCCCAGGCGCAUGCUGUCGAGCAGGAGGUGAGGAAGAAGACCUUGGAAAAUGCCCGUCUCAUGUUGGAGAUCGAUAAUGCUAAACUGGCCGCCGAUGACUUCAGAAUUAAGUGGGAAACUGAACUGGUGAUGUGUCAGUCCGUGGAAAGAGACUGCAUUGCCCUGAAGAAGGCUAAGACCGACCAUGAGCAGAUCAUUGCUUCUCUGAGAGGAGACUUGGACAGCCUCAAAGAGGAGCUUUAUUUCCUCAAGAGAAACCAUGAGGAGGAACUCGAGCAGAUGAGGUCCCGCAUCGCCAGGGACGAAGUCAACGUAGAGGUGGACUCUGCCAGCGGGCCGGAGCUGGGUACCGUUCUGGCCGAGCUGCGCUCCCAGUACGAAGGAAUCGUUAAGAAAAACAAGGAGCAGACGGAGCAGUGGUACCGCAAGAAGCUGGAGACGGUGCAGAAUGAGGUGAAGGAGAAUAACGAGGCCCUGAGGGGAGCCCAGGGAGAGCUGACCGAGAGGCAGCGCUUCUUGCAGACGCUGGAGGUGGAGCUGGAGAGUCUGCACAAACAGAUAGCAGCUCUGGAGGGUAACCUGGCUGAGGUGGGUCAGAAGUAUUCUGCUGAGAUGGAGCGGCUGCAGGUCACCCUGAACCAGAUGGAGGACGACCUGUCCCAGCUCCGGCUGGACAUGCAGCGCACCAAGACCGACUACGAGCAGCUUCUCCGCAUCAAGCAGAACCUGGAAAUGGAGAUUGCUACCUACCGGCGCCUGCUGGAGGGCGAGGAAACAACUAAAGAAGUUCUGGCUCCACCAAAAAAGGAGCCAGACGUCCGCACCAGAAAGAUCGUGAAGGUGGUGACUCAGACCAUGAUCAAUGGGAAAGUGGUGGACGAGUCCAGCGAGGUGGAGCAGAUUGAGGAGACGAAGAAGUAGAAGAAGGAAGGAGAAAGUUGAUUUAAAGGUUAAGGCUUUGUUUGCAAAUGAAAAACAGAGAAGUGACAGAAUAAAAAAGUAUUACCUUGUUAGUCUACAAUAAAUAGUACACUGAUGUUUAGUUUUACAAGAAGAAAAACAUUGUAAUUGAGUCGUUUGCCUUAAUCGGUUACACUUUGAUUUUUUUUAACAUCUGAAUAACAAUAGAUUCUAAAGUAAAUCUAAACAUCUGUUUUAAAUUUUGGCUAAACAUAUGUGAAAAAUAAGUUGAAUAACAAAUAUAUUCUGUUUUACUUACAAAAAGAAAUCUGUGGAAUUAGAUAUUUAUUUCCUAGUGUGUUGACUUUAAUAACUUUGGACAGAUUUACCUCCUUUACUGGAAUAACAUUUAUGAAUCUUUAGUGUUUUUUGACUGUACUCUAAAUAAAGAAGUUCAUAUAUUUCAGUGCAA